AGAUGCAUACAUGCAAGUAUUUGUAGUAAAAGUCGUUCCACUUUGUUAGGUGGAAUUGAAGAGGAGGAAAAUAAGGCGUCCAUCUAUUCAGCCUUCAUUCUGCGUCAACAGCCUCUAUGCACUAGUGUUGGCGGUGGAGGUAGUGCUAUUGUCCAGAUCUCCUCACAGUGUCUUGCUGUUUUUUCAUCAAAUCCCACCUACUUUGCCAAAUUGGAGGCGCCAGACCUCGUUGCUGUUCGACCUGCAUUGUCCUCCAUUUCAACGACAUCUCCAGGCUCCGAGAAAUCCAUCGAGUUCUCUGAAAGUGUGAUUUGUGUGGAGGAACAACUCCGAAGCGCAUUUUGUACACGAGUAGGGGUGAUGAUAGGUUUGCAGCUUGCUUCCUUUGCUUGUGAGUUUGAAUGCGUAGGAAUGCAUGAGCAGAGCAUAGUGACACGAGAGGAACGACAAAUUCACAUACGCAAUCUUCAGGGAACUGUCAAACAGCUAAUCAAUUUUUCAGAAGCCGAUGGCUCAAUUGCAGUAACUUCUGUCUGCAAUGGCUUUAUGGCCUGCCUCAGUGAAAGAGGAGUGUUGAAGGUGUUUGACUUAACAAAAAAAGAAGCAAAACAGAUGUACUUAUCGAAAGCACUUAGUCGCAAUCUGUCAACUGUUACAGGCACAAGGCAUUCCGAAAUGCGUGUCACUUGGCUCUCCAUAAACAGCAAUGCUAGUGCUAUUGCCUUUAUCGUCAAUGCCUUUCCAAUUCCACAGUCAGAUUCGAGAAUUUUUGUAUGGCAGUUGGCAUCGGAUAGAGUUCAGGUGUUUGACUUUGCAACCGGUGAAGGCAAAUCUCUGGACGAUACUGCGACUGAAGACUCCAACAAGGAGCAUUCAGAGGACCACGAACGUAAAAGCAAAAUUCUCUCGAACGUGGCACAGAUGACUUCCGAGUUUGUGCGUGGACACUAUCCUCUGCGACAUUAUUGGGAUCUCUACGAUCCCCGUUUACUGGUGGUGGAGGCAGCAAAACUGCUCCUCGAUAGUACACCUUCCGCCUCUGCAACACCCACAGCACUGGACUCGGGCGGUUCUGGCGAAUCCUCGGAUGAGGUGUUUGAAACACCCAACAAACCGCUUUCACCAUCUUCACACAGGCAAUGUAAAACCUCAAACACAUCCAAUUUAGAUAAUAUUGUGGUGGCAUUUUUUGUGAAUCCAGCACACAACAGUAUGAUUGGACAGGAGGUUUUUCAUCUUGAACCAAACUACAAUGGACUGAUUGGUGUUGAAGUGCCUUACUUUUACUUCAUUCUUAAACCUAAUGACGUUUCAAAGGAGGCAUUAAAACUGCAAACGAAUCCUCAAAUCGUGCAGACAGGAUCGCAUUAUCUGGACCGUCGAGUUAUGCGCGAGUUCAGUGAUUUGGAGACUGCAGAUCCCCUAACACGAGAUGCCAUUCUCAACUUCAGUUUCUUCCUUGCUCAUGGGGAGAUUGAUGCCGCUUUCAAAUCCAUGCGAUUGAUUCGAAGCACUGCUGUGUGGGAGAAUAUGGCAAAGAUUUGUGUCAUUACUCGACGCCUAGACGUCGGAUUCCUGUGUCUGGGCAAAAUUUGUAACGCAUUUGGAGCAUCAAUGCUUCGAGAUUUUCGAAAUGGGAACAAUUGUCGUACUGCUCAAGUGGGUGAAUUGGCUCUACAAUUGGGCAUGACGGCUGAAGCAGAGCGUUUAUUCAUUGAAUGUGGAAGGUGGGAUUUGGUCACACGAAUGCAUUGUGCUCUGGGACAUUGGGACAAGGCUCUGAGUGUUGUUGAAAAACACAAUCGAGUUCGUCUAAAAAACACGCAUUAUGCCUUUGCGUUGGAGUUGAAGAAUCAGGGAAGAAUGGAAGAUGCAAUUCACCAUUUUAUACAAUCAAAUACACAUUGUAUGGAGGUUCCACGGAUGCUGAAAGACUCUCCAGAGAAAUUGGAAGAGUUUGUUAACUCAUAUUCGUCCAGAGAGUUGCAUCAUUGGUGGGCGCAAUACUUGGAAGCCAAUGGACGGUUGGAAGAGGCAGAAGUGUACUACAGUCGGGUGAAGGACUACGUCUCCUUGGUUCGUGUUUGCUGUUGUAGUGGAAGAGAGGAGGCAGCUUUGGAAUUGUGCAACGAGACCGGUGAUGCUGCUGCAUGCUAUCAUUUGGCGAGACAAAUGGAAGCUAAAGGAAAUGUGGAUCGAGCUAUUCAGCUAUUUACUCGAGCUCAUGCCUUCACUUGUGCUGUACGACUCGCUAAGGAGCACAACAGAAACGAACAUCUUUACAGCCUGGCCCAGUUGGGCGGACCGGAGGAUAUGCUUGACGCUGCCCGUCACUUGGAACAGCGAGAGGAUUUUGUGGAGAAGGCUGUGCUACUCUAUCAUAGAGCGGGUCAUCUAAAUACUGCUAUAAAUUUAGCCUUCGAAAAGCGACAAUUCGGUGCCUUGGUUAGCAUAACUUGUGAUGACUUUGGCAUUGAGUGCGAUCCAGAGCUAUUACGCAAGUGCUCCGACUUCUUCCUUCAAAACAGCCAAUUCACCAAAGCUGUUGAAGUUCUCGCCAGAGGGAAGCAAUGGCUGGAAGCGGUGAAGUUAUGCACCGAGUAUGAUGUGACACUGGGUGAGGACCUAGCGGAGCUGUUGACACCACCGCCGGAAAGUGGAAUGGCGGAAACAGAGAGGCGUGAUGUGCUUACUUGCCUGGGCUAUGCAUGCCUCUCUCAAGGUCUCUACCACCUUGCUUGUAAAAAACUUACUCAGGCUGGUGAUCGUGUCAGUGCUAUGAAAGCUUUACUACGCUCUGGUGACACUAACAAAAUCAUCUUCUUCGCCAAUGUGAGUAAACAACGCGAUAUCUACAAUAUGGCUGCAAAUUACCUUCAAACUCUUGGUACCUGGCGCAAUGAUACCGCCGUAGUCAAACUCAUUGUCCAGUUUUAUACGCGAGCCAAAUCUUUCAGCUCACUCUCAUCCUUCUACGAGGCAUGCGCACAGAUGGAAAUAGACGAAUAUCAGAGCUAUGAAAAGGCGAUGGGUGCUCUAACAGAGGCCUACAAGGCACUCUCAAGAGCAGUUUCUGACGGUGCCAUCACGUCAGAAGUAGCCGGACAGAAAUUGGAGGAGCGUUUGUGCAGCAUCAAGUCUAAAAUCAUGCUGUGCAAAAAGUUUGUGGAUGCUCAACUGCUAUUUGAGGACGACCCAGUGGAUGCGCUUAGUCAAUGUCAAGUGAUACUAGACGAACCUAAAACGGCUACAAUCAUCCGUCCAGGUCAUAUCUAUGCGACAAUGGUCAAGGGCUUGGUUGCGCAUGAACAGUACCGUGCUGCUUACGCCUGCCUCCAAGAGAUGAAAGAAAAACUAGGCGGUUAUGAAGCUAUCACAAGCUAUUUGGAUAGAGAACUACAAACUACAAUAUUCCGAGCCCUCGACAUACCGACACCGGUGCACUUGGAGUCCAGAGGAAGUUUGGACAGUGACAGAGCCUUAACCUUGGGUGAGGAAUGUUUGGAGUCCAUUGAAGACAAUGCUGACGUAGCUUUGGAGAGUGACUGUGAGUAUGCACAAGAUGACAGUGCAUAG